AUGGGGCCUGCCCUUGCAGUUCCCACCCCAUUCGGCUGUAUUGGCUGUAAACUGCCGCAGCCAGACUAUCCACCGGCUCUAAUCAUCUUUAUGUUCUGCGCAACGGUCAUCACCAUAGUCGUAGACCUGAUCGGCAACUCCAUGGUCAUUUUGGCUGUGUCGAAGAACAAGAAACUCCGAAAUUCUGGCAACAUCUUCGUGGUUAGCCUCUCUGUGGCUGAUAUGCUGGUGGCCAUCUACCCCUAUCCUCUGAUGCUGCAUGCCAUGGCCAUUGGUGGCUGGGAUCUGAGCCAGUUACAGUGCCAGAUGGUUGGAUUCAUCACAGGGCUGAGUGUGGUCGGUUCUAUCUUCAAUAUCAUGGCAAUUGCCAUCAACCGUUACUGCUACAUCUGUCACAGCCUCCAGUAUGAGCGCAUCUUCAGCGUGCGCAAUACCUGCAUUUACCUGGUUGUCACCUGGAUCAUGACUGUCCUGGCUGUCCUGCCCAACAUGUACAUUGGCACCAUCGAGUAUGAUCCUCGCACCUACACCUGCAUCUUCAACAAUGUGAACAACCCUGCCUUUGCUGUGACCAUCGUCUGCAUCCACUUUGUCCUCCCUCUGCUCAUAGUGGGUUUCUGCUAUGUGAGGAUCUGGACCAAAGUGCUGGCAGCCCGUGUCCCGGCUGGGCAGAAUCCUGACAACCAGCUUGCUGAGGUUCGCAAUUUUCUAACCAUGUUUGUGAUCUUCCUCCUCUUUGCAGCGUGCUGGUGCCCUAUCAACGUGCUCACUGUCUUGGUGGCUGUCAGUCCAAAGGAGAUGGCAGGCAAGGUCCCCAACUGGCUUUAUCUUGCAGCCUACUUCAUAGCCUACUUCAACAGCUGCCUCAAUGCUGUGAUCUACGGUCUCCUCAAUGAGAAUUUCCGAAGGGAAUACUGGACCAUUUUCCAUGCUAUGCGGCAUCCUAUCCUGUUCCUCUCUGGCCUCAUCACUAACGUCUUGGAAACGCAGGAGGCCCAAGCCUUCGCCCGCGCCCGCAUCCGCGCCCGUGCCCGUGCCCGUGCCCGUGCCCAAGCCCAAGCCCGCGACCAAGGCUAUGCCCGUGCCUGCCCUGCUGCGGAGGAAAUACCGAUGAACGUCCGGAAUGUUCCACUACCUGGUGGUGCUGCAGCUGGCCAACCUGAGCGUGCCUCUGGCCACCCCAGUCCAGCCUCCAGCCACUCCAGGUCUGCCUCUGCCCACUGCACAUCUUCCUCUGGUCACCAUAAGUCUGUCUUUAGUCACUCCAAGUCUGCCUCUGGUUAUGCCAAGUCUGCCACUGUCUACCCUAUGCCUGCCUCUGUCCACUUCAGGGCUGACUCUGUCUAUUUCAAGGCUGCCUCUAGCCACCCCAAGCGUGUCACUGGCCACCCCGAGCCUGCCGACUAUCCUGAGCCCUUUGCCAUUAGCUACCUGGAGCCUGCCAUUGCCAGCCAGCCUGAGCCCACUGCUGCUGGCCACCUAGAGUGCAACAUCACUGACCUCCCUGAGCCCCCCUCCAGCCCUGCCACUGAGUCCCCCAACCCUGUUGCCAGCCCACUGGAGCCUGCUGCUGCCGCUGCCCCUGCUGACCCCAUUGUGGUCACCAUUGCCACCAACGAUUACCAAGAAGUUGUGGUUACUGAUGUUGAAACAGAUUCUGAUGAAAUUGAUGUGUGA